UGGUCACAGUUUUCAGUGCGCACUUUAAGUGACAACAGAUCUCUAGCAUGUUAUCCGUUUCAAAUUUCCCACCAAAUGAAGAAUGCCUGGCAUUGGCUAAAUGAAAUAUCACAUCACUACCGUCAUCUUAUUCCUUAGUCUGGCACAAGCAGCUGAAGUGUGCAGACGCUUCUUCUCGCCAUCCACCAUGGCUCAAUCGAAAAGGAACUUAACAGUGGACGAGAUACUUCAAGAACUGGAAGAUGAUGAAAAGGACAUUAGUAGGCUGUACAUUGAACCUCCAGAGCCAAAUGUCGAGUCAGAUGAAGAUUCUGCUGAUGAAGACGAAGGGGGAAUGCUCGACAAUUUGACUGGCAGACAGUUACGUGCUGGAGCUGAGGUAUUAUUUGCAAAUAAUGCACGAACACAGCUUGACCCUGAACUAUCUACUGAUGAUGCAGAAGAAGGUGAUAAUUGUAAACCUAGUAAGAAAAAUGAAAAACGGAAACGGAAUCAACGUAAACAACGCAAGUGGGGAAAACAUGACCUGUGCAACUCAUUGUCUCAUUUCCCUGAAUGUGAUUUUUCAAAGUACCGUGAUUUUAGUCCAUAUGAGCUGCUAGAGUUGUUUUUUGAUGAAGACAUAUUUAACAUGAUAUUGGCUGAAAUACCAAUCUAUGCACAGUUCAAGAAUGAACCUGACCCUGCAGUAACUAAGGCCGAGCUGAAAGUGUUUAUUGCAGUUUUGAUUCUCUCUGGGUACAAUAGGCUGCCAGGAAAAAGGUUUUACUGGGAUUCAGGUCCAGACAUGAGAAAUGAGAUGGUUCAUGCAGCUAUUAGGAGAGACAGGUUUAUCCAAAUUAUGAAAUUUCUGCAUUUUGCUGAUAAUAAUGCCAUGGAUUCAAGAGACAAAUUAUGGAAGCUCCGUCCACUGAUAAAGAAACUUCAAAAUAAAUUUGUAAAACACUUUGUUCCUGUACCUAGGCUGAGCUAUGAUGAAUCUAUGAUUGCAUAUUAUGGGCCUCAUGGGUGUAAACAGUUUAUCAAAGGAAAACCAAUUAGGUUUGGUUACAAGGUUUGGUCUUUGAACACUCCUUCGGGCUAUUUGGUAAAUUUUGAUGUGUAUCAAGGAAAGAAUGUGCAAAUCAAUGAGGAUUAUGAGAAGCAAUUUGGAAAGGCAGCAACUCCACUAAUUCAAAUGAUUGAUAGUUUUGAUGAUGAUACAAAGAAUUUGCCAUUCAGUUUAUAUUUUGAUAAUCUCUUCACUGGUAUGGAGCUGCUGAGUUAUUUGAAACAAGAGGGAUACAAUGGUACUGGGACAAUCAGGGAGUCACGGGUUCCAAAGGAAUGCACCAUAAUGCCUUGCAAAGAUAUGAAGAAGCUUGAAAGGGGAACCUUUACAUAUAAGUGUAGUGAUGAUGGAAUUUUAGUUGCAAGAUGGCAAGACACUGGAUCCGUUACUGUAGCAACAACUGUUCACUCAGUCAAUCCCGUUGGUCAUGUAAGGAGAUAUUCUAAGAAGGAAAAAAAAUAUAUAAUGAUUCCACGACCACUUUUGAUUGGAGAAUACAACAAAUACAUGGGAGGAACAGAUCUGAUGGAUGAAAACGUAAACAGGCACAGAAUAUCAAUUCGUGGUAAAAAAUGGUGGUGGUCAAUUUUCACAUGGCUGUUAGAUGUAUCGGUUCAGAAUGCAUGGCAACUACACAGAAGUGUAGGAUCAAAGUUGACACAGCUGGAGUUCAAGAGGGAAAUAGUAAGAUUUUAUCUGACAUCUUACGGAUCUUCCCCCAGAGGAGCUGGUCGGCCAUCCACGUCAAAGGCCAGUGUAUCCAAAGGUCGACUACCAGACUCCAUUAGAUAUGAUGGUAAAAACCAUUACAUUAUUCAAAACCUAGGCAACAAAAGAAGACGUUGUGCAGGAGAAUAUUGCAAAUCUGUAGGUCGCACAGCAUGCAGUAAAUGUGAUGUUGGACUGUGUGUGUCAUGCUUUCUUACCUAUCACACUGGCAAAUAAUAUUGUAAAACACAGCAUAUGAAUAGUAAAACAAUUAUAUUUGUAUUUUGUAUCACCAUAAACCUUUAUGUGUACUCAGUAUAUGAAUAGUAAAACAAUUA